GGCAAAGCAACCGCCAACGUGAUCGGAAGCAUACGCCGCCAUACGCAAGUUACUAGCUACUGGGAGCGGGAAAAUUGCGCGCUUUCCUCAAGUGAUCAAAGCGCAGACGCGCGCGCGCUCUCACUCCGAAGAAUAGACUCUCGUGGAAAUGUGGAAACUCGUCGUCGUCGUUGCCAUCUCGGUUCGGUGUUUAUGUUGGCGUUCUCAGCUGGAUGCAGUUGGUUCUGGUGAAAGCUAUCGAUUUGUGAAAUGUGUGUUUUGAGGCGUACGCUGCUGUUGGCAUUUGCUAUGUUAAGUUAAAUGUUUCAGAUUUGCAGUGGUUAGUGAGUCAUCUAGAAUGACUAAGAUUGUAGUUUGAUUAGUGUCAUGCAAUGUAGAAAAAAGCACCGCGAAUUGAACAUAAGAAUGCGGUGAACCCCAGUGAUUAACGACAGCAUACGAUACAUAGCAUCGUCAGGGAGUGCGUCUAAUCGAAAACAAAAGUGCUAAAAAUAGCCUUCAAGUUAAUCUUGGAGAAAUGGAAAUUUUCUGGCAAGCCAAGUUAAUGGCCUGACCGUAUUUUUAAGACAGCAUACAGUGCAUCGCGUUUUGGAGAAAGCUAUUGGAUUGAAAACCAUGGGAAACACCCAAGCGGCUGGUGAUAGCAAGGGCAGCCUUCCCAGGUUGCCCAAGCAGAACCUUGUGAAAGGUCGAAGUUUCAUGAAGUUUGGAAAGAAAAAGCAGCUCCUAGUGGAACACGAUGGUAUUUCGACGAUGGCCAUCGAGUGCAGCAGCAAGUCCGACGUGGAUGCCGAAAAUGAGGACGGAUUUUCACACAUAUUGAUCGAACACGGCGCAUCAUCAACAUCCACCGGCCAAGGUCAGCAGCAGCAACUGUCGAAAUCAGCUGAUUCGCUGCUGACGGAAGGAGCCAUCGCCCAACGACGAGAGAACGAAUUCAUCUCCAUUGGCCACGAGAAGACCGACGAAAAGUCCGCCAAAUGUUACGAAGGAGCACAUGAGCCCCAGCACAGUAACGAUAAUAAUGACCCUAUCACGAUCGCAUUAGAUACCGCUAGUAGUCAUGAUGCAAUAGCUCCGACUCAUGGUCAACAAACCACAGUUCCACUACCGGCACCGACUGGAAGCAACGAAGCAGCAACGAUGACGACAUCAACCGCCUCCAACAAUAACAAAGCCCCGAAACAUCCCAAAACGGAUGGCGCUAGUAGUGGCCGCGAGUCGGUGACCCCCUUCGAACCGAUCAACGCAAACCAUCAUUCAGCACAAGCACCACCACAACCACCACCAAGUAGAAAAAGCACCAAAGCACCAGCACCACCAACACAGAAACCCACGGGGAACAACAAAUUGCCGGCUUCCUCGAACGCGGCUGCUGCUAUAGCAACGAAGCCUAGCCCAAACAGCCCCGCCGUCGUCAGUAGUAAACUGGUUCUGGGCGAGGGAACAGCAAAACAGCUGGAUCGCUGCACUUUCGAUCCAUCAUCGUCCGGAUCGCCGAUCAUUGUGACCACCGACUCGUGGAAAAGGGCCAAAUCUUUGAGUGAAAACGUGACCGCAGCGUACGGAAAGUCCGCACCACAAUCAGGAAAAGAGCCAUCCGGCGAGGUAAUACAUCUCGUCGAGCACACCACAUCAUCCAGUUCGGAUUCGAUCUUUACGGAUCCAUGCACGCCCGUUGGACCAUUCGCCACCGAAAUCAACGAGGCCUACUACUCGGAGGAGGAUCUGAUCGGGGCCCAAAACGGAGAAACAGAAUCGACGCCCGUCCGAUCGUUGGAAGCUAUAAUAGCGAAGAAAUUGCAACAACUUAGUGUUCAUAAGGUGGAUUCGAUCGAUCUGAAUGCCAACAGUGUUAAAGACACCGAGGAGCGGUGGAGGGAAAAACUAACGGUCGCCAAUGUUUCGAACAUAAGUGUGAAAAGUGGCGUCGAUCAGCAACAGCAGCAACAGCAGUGGUGGUUGGGAAAGUGUGCGGUGGAAAAUGUGAACAACAUCAGCUUGGAUGGGCGCCAGUUUCAGUGUGUAGUGGAAACCAGCGAAGUAGAGUCCCAAACCGAGGGUGAAGAAAUGGAGCUCAACUUUCGGAACAAUACGGUCAAUCCUUGUGGCACGGUGCAGAUCCAAACCGACCGACUCGGAACGCCCACCGAUGAGUGCAAGGACAAAAGCAUCUUCAAUGUGGCGCGCGUGAAGAAAGUCGAACUGUCCGAGAUCAAAACGCCCAACUCGCUGUACGCAACUCCUUUAUCCACCACCCAAACACCGGACUCCACCCGAACCGGUGGUUGCAAUGAACAAUGGACAACUCCUAAGCUGCCGGUCGGUGAAGGGAAUGUCCUUCGGAAAGUGGUUUCACUGUCGUCCGGAAAGGCUUCGGACAGUGCACCGGUGGGCAGCAAAAUCCUGCGGCCAUCGUUUGUGCCGGAAAAACUGAACUUUUCAGCGUACGAGAAGUUCGAAGGCCAAAUGCUGAUGAAUUGGCUCGCAUCGACCCUUCAGACCUCGAACGUCACGGUUAACGAACAGGAGUUGACCGUAGUGUUGCUGCAGUACUGCACCAACCUAAUGGUGGCGGGAGUGAUCAAACAAAUACCGGACAAGUUGGCGCCGAUUCAGGAGACUUUUCGGCCCAACCUAAUGUACCAGUGGACUCACACAGAGGUACCAUCGCCGGCGCCGUUGACUCCAGGUCGUUUGGAACCCCACGUUGUUUGGCCACACAUUGUGCCGUCCGCCGAAGCCGCCACCAAGUCAGCGGCACAUUCAACUACCUGCCUACCGGAGGAUAGCGAAAGCGAAGACGGCAAAAUGACCAUCACUAGCACUCCGAAGGCGUUCAAAUCCAAGGCCGACUCGAAUCUCGAAGAUCUGAAGAACAAAGUGAACAAGUGCGAAAACUUAAGUGACGUUAGAAGACUUAUCCAAACAUUCUUAAGUGAAGUGAACAAUGGUAGUGCUAAUCCGGUGGAAAUCGUAGAAGCGAAUAAUCGAACGUGUCUACUUAGUGACCUACUCAAUGAAUCCGAAGUGACGAUUUAUCCUAUCGAAGCACGAAAUCAAGAUGCAAAGCAGAUUGUGACACCUCCUCAAGCACCGCCACUCGUUAUUUCAGCAGGGGAAGCUGAAAUACCACGUAUUAAUGGAAAUUUAUCGAAUGAAUGUGAUCCCAAUAUGAUUAACGCAAGCUUGCCUAACAGUAUUGAUGAACGCAGUGAUUGUUCCGCGCCAAAUAUUAACACGAGUGAUGGUAACCUCACUAACGGAACCGUGUUCAAUAACAAUCUUAAUGAGGCUCAAACAACUAUCUAUGUCUGCCAGCACUGCUGUCACAAAGCAGUGACUACAAGUGAGCAAAGUUCCUGCACUACCAGUAAUGACCAUCCGGUACCCAAUGUUCGCGACACGCCCAAGCAACUAGUAACACAAGAAACCCAAACUGACCCAGAGAAGCUCACCGAUAAUGUACCUGUUCCGGCGGCAGCUCCACCUCCUCCGCCACCACCACUUCCGCCGCCUCCUCCUCCUCCUCCCCCUCCGCCACUAUCCAUGCUUAAAGCUGUACCACCUCCUCCCCCUCCGCCUCCUCCAGCCCCGCCACUUCCGUUGCCACCGGGUAGUUCCGGUUCCGGUGGUCCACCCCUGCCGCCACCACCACCACCACCGCCGGUCCUUGGGCCAGGUCCCCUUGGACCAGCUCCACCGGCACCCCCUCCACCCAUGGGCAUGAUUGUUCCGGUUAACACUGCCGCCGCUGCAGCUACCCUGGGACCAGGUAAAUUACCGUCAAGCGCUUCUCCGAGUGCUGCCCAUUCCGGCCCUAUCGCGGCCCCUACCGCAGGCCCUCCACAACCAUUACCAUUACCAAUACCGACGCCCGGAGGAUGGUAUCAGGCAAAUACCCUCCGUAAGACUGCCGUUAAUCCCCCGAAGCCAAUGAAACCCCUCUACUGGACCAGGAUAGUAGCCCCUAAAACGAGCCCGGUCACCGAAACCGACGCCCCAUGUGAACUUCCCGAAGAGGUCAAACCUGCACUUUGGCAAGAGCUAGAAGAAACGAAUCUAGAUAACAUGGACGAGUUUACUGAGUUAUUCUCCCGGCAGGUGGUAGUUCCAAAAAUCAAAGAAAAAGUCGAGAAGCCGGAGAAAACGGUGAAGGUACUAGACAGCAAACGGUCGCAGAACGUGGGCAUAUUCGCUAAGAGUUUGCACGUCCAUUUCGAUGAGAUAGAGUUCGCCAUCUACCACUGCGAUACAUCCGUGGUCAGUCUGGAAGCAUUGCAAAAAAUCCUCGAAAUCAAAGCCACGGAGGAAGAGCUGGCACAAAUAAAGGAAUGUGCCGAGGGAAACAUACCGUUAGAUCCUCCCGAACAAUUCCUGUUACGAAUUUCGGAGAUCUCGUCCUUUUCGGAAAGGAUCUCAUGCAUCGUAUUCCAGGCAGAGUUUGACGAACUCUACAUUUCGGUCACGAGGAAACUCGAAACUGUCAAACACACCUGUGAGUUUCUGAUCGAAAGCGAACAGCUCAAACACCUAUUCUCGAUCAUCUUGACCCUUGGUAACUACAUGAAUGGCGGUAACCGAACCCGUGGUCAAGCCGACGGAUUCGGACUGGAAAUUCUCGGAAAGCUAAAAGAUGUGAAAUCAAAAGACAAUAACGUCACGUUGCUGCAUUUCAUCAUUAAGACCUACAUAGCCCAAUGCAGGAAGCAGGGUGUGCUUCUACACGAGGUGCAACUGCCAGUUCCGGAUCCUGGCGAUCUGGACCGAGCUGUACUGGUGGAUUUCGACGACUGCCGGGCACAGCUCAAUUCACUCAAAACCAGAACGGAUGAAUGUCGAUGCACAACCGAACGAGUGAUACAAGAAUCGGCCGAGAGCAACAUUCAGCCGUUCAAGGAAAAGAUGGAGGCUUUCAUCGAAGUGGCCAGCAAACGAAUCGAAAAGCAGUUCCGCAAGCUGGACGAGUGCCGGGAGAUAUUCCUCAAAACGAUGGUUUUCUACAAAUUCACGCCAAAAUCGGGCGUCAUCGAGGACUGCAAACCAGAGCAAUUUUUUGAACUUUGGGCGCCAUUCACCCAUGAUUUGAAGAGCAUCUUCAAGAAAGAAAUUCUUCAUCUGUCCACUGAAUUGCUGAAGAAAACUAAGCGGCCGCCGCCAACCACGAAUGGCAUUACCAAGCAGACAUCUUCCAGCAAAAUGAAGACAAGUUCUUUGAAGGAAAGAUUGAAGCGACUGAGUAAUAAAAGCUAAACAAUGGGUACCUAUA